CGCGUCUCAUCUCGUUCUGUGUUGCUGUUUGAGUUGCUUUGUAGGAGGUGCGAGGAUGAUGAGUUGUUGCUGCUAGUGACUGGCGUCUCAAGGUCAUGGUCUGUGAUCUGCACCGCCCUGAGACACUGUAUGGCAUACAGGCGAUUCCGUGAACUGUAGCCAUCACUGGAUCUCUGAAGCAAAAGAAGUGAACCCGAGGCAGACUCAAGUCUCCGAGACGAAGGCAGAGAAGGAGCGAAGUAAGGGCGAAAGGUACAGUUGUUGGGCAGCGUCCAGCGCUCAGUUCGAUGCUGAGGACACCAGGUGCGACUUGCCACGAACGCCGAACACUCAGUUAGAAUAGUCUCGUCUUGAAGCUUCCUCUUUGGCGCAAGGGCCAGAAAGAGUAGCAGGCUUGGCUGGGUCAGUAUACGCGAAUCGCCUUGUGCUUUCCAAGCGAAGUGAAGAUGGCCAUGGCCAGCAGCAGCGCCGAGGAGCGUCCGGUAACACCGACAACAGCCCUCAACACCACCAGCAGUGAUGACGAGGGCGAGCACGGCACACCGAUCUUCAAAGACGCAGUAGAAGAGUCAGAUCCAAUCUCACAGUCUACAACGCAGGAAUCGGGUUUUCACGCAGCAGGUGAGGCAAAUGGAGAGGCAUGCAAGGACAUCGAUGCUGGUAGAAAGGACAGCAAAGCGGGUUCUCCACCUUCAACGCCCACCAUUGCCAGUACUAUGGCUGUGGGAUCUGGGAUUGCAACGUCGCCUUCGACUGGGCCAUCAGUGGUCGAGACUGCCGCAAGCAGAAACAACAGCACAUCUGGUUCGCCUGGGAACACCAUGGCUUUGUCACCUACUACGAGUGUCGCGUCGCUACGGCGGCGGUUCGAAAUGCAAGAUAUGAGCAAACCACAGCUGCCGAUGGGCAGCUCGAGCAACCUACUCAGCGAUGCAUCCAGGGGAGAAUCUCGGCUGACAUCGUCAUGUUCGCCCAAGAAUGCAGCUGCCAUCGGCAAGCAUGUGCCAUCACCUCUUCUCGUCAAGGACAACAACAUAAUUCCAGAAGGGACAGAUGCGCUGCUUUUGGAGCAGGAAAAUGCUGCCAGCAAAGCCGUCAUCGAGUCCGAGGCCGCCUCGCCCAGAGCGCCUAUGUCUGCAUCGCUGGGUGCAAAAUCAAUGACCGAGCCGGACUCCACUCUCAUCAAUCCGUUCUCCACACCAGUCGAUGCAUGGGCGCAAGAGAAAAACGGAGCGGAGACGGAAACAACUUCAGCGCUGGGUGCGAUGAACUCAUGGCAAUCGGCACUUGACCCUCCUCCUGCCCCGGCGACAGACGGGUGGAGUGAAGUCGGAAGCUCACAUGCUGAAGCGACCAAUGGCCACUCUACAGGGAUGGAGAGCAGCGCCGAUCAGCGUUUCUCCUCCAUCAGUCUUGGUGGCACAACAACGCAAGGUACGCCUCGUGUCGAACAGGCAGCCAAGAUGGGAUCCAUUGAGGAAGCAUUAUCCGAGGCGCAGCGCGCCCCACUAUCGCGCGAGAGCAAACGCUGGUCUGCCACCUCUGCCAGUGCCGCCGGCCGCGCAGGUCGCAGGUCUGCCAUCCUCGGUUUCGCGGAUGACCGCAAGGACACUGCCACUAGCACCGGCGGUGUGCGCGUCAGCAUUGAUGGGCUCGAGAAGCUCAGGGAGAAUUUCGAGAGAGUGCAGAAGAGGGAGAAGAACAGACAGUCUGUCGUGCUGGGGAAACCGCCGCAAUCGCAGAAGCCCGAGUCUGAAGUACCUGCAGCGCAAUCGCUAGCCGACGGAGAGGAGGAGGCGCCCCAGACCGAACAGGCUCUCAAUGGUGCAAGCAACGAGAAUGAAGAUGAUACAGAUGACCACAUAGACUGGCCCUUUUGGGGUCGCGUCAUGAGCGACUACCAGAGCGUCGCUCGGAACAACCCACAGGAGCUGAGCCGCGCGAUACAGCUCGGUAUACCAGCCACAUUACGGGGGAUGAUGUGGCAGCUGAUGAGCGGCAGCAAGGACGAGGAGAUGGAAAUGAUCUAUGCUUUCUACCUCAAGCAGACAAGCCCGCACGAAAAGGCAAUCAGAAGGGACCUGGCGCGGACAUUUCCAGAGCAAGGCUACUUUCAGGAAGGGGCGGGUACAGGGCAAGAGAACCUUUUCAACGUAGUUAAAGCUUACUCGUUGUAUGAUGAAGAGUGCGGUUAUUGUCAAGGGAUGCAAUUCGUUGUUGGGCCGCUGCUAUUGAACAUGCCGGAUGAGGAGGCAUUCUCAACUCUCGUUCGACUCAUGAAGGCGUACGACCUCCGAGGGCACUUCAUUCCGAACAUGCCGUCUCUGCAGCUGCGACUUUACCAGUUCAAUCGAUUGCUUGAAGACACCCUUCCGCUCUUGCACAUGCAUCUCGUUCGGAUCGGGAUCAAGAGCAGCAUGUAUGCCAGCCAGUGGUUUAUGACUCUCUUCUCCUACCGCUUUCCCUUGGAUCUGGUCUACCGCAUCUUGGACUCGGUCUUUGCGGAGGGGGUCGAAGCGCUAUUUCGCUUCGCCCUGGCGCUGAUGGAGAAGAACGAGGACACGUUGCUCAAGCUCAACUUUGAGAACUGCCUGACCUUUCUGAAGGAGAAUCUGUUUGAUCUGUAUCAGAAGGACGAAUGGGACGAAAAGGGCAAAGCGCUUUACCGGACAAACGACUUUGUACAAGAUGCGUUCCAGAUUCGGGUCAUGUCUUACAACCUGGACCAGUAUGCGUCUGAAUUCGAAGAACAAGUCCGCGCUGCGAACGCGCACCGCAGGGAGGUUGAGGCGCUGCGCCUUGUCAAUCGCAACUUGGCGGCAAAGGUCAAAGAGCUUGAAGAGAAUGCGGCAGCUCAGUCUGCGGAGCACGUCGAGCUGGUCAAACAAGUUGUGAUGGCCAAUCUCGCAAAGGACGAGAUGGCAGAGGAGCUGGUCAAGUACAAAGUCAUGUAUGCUGAGGCGGUACUGUCCAACGAUCAAGGAAAUGCGCGGGAGAUGGGCUCGGUGCCGAACAGCUCCAGCUUUGACAGGAUGAAUCUGCUCUCUUUUGGUUCGCGAUGACAUUAGGGCACGCGCCACGACAUGAUGCCAUAGACGAGGGCGUUUGAGGAGCUUGUAUGCUAAUAGUGGUAGCUACAUAUGAUCCUACUUAUUCACCGU